AUGCAGGGGACCUCGGCCGGCCACCUCGGAGCAUCCAUGGACCGGGCCACCCUCUUCGUCCUCGGUCACCCGACGGCCACCGCCCAACCAGCCCCUCCCGAGGUCGCUAGGGGCUGUGCCCCCCCACCCCGGCGGCCUCCUGAGGCUCACAGACCCCCGCGCUGCAGUAGCAGGAGGGUCACGGGUCCUCUGAAUUUGCUCGUGGAAACACUUCCACGCACGGUCCAGCAAAGGGCAAAGCUGCUGCAGCACCAGCCUCUUCCCCGGAUCUUCCCAGCGUUCCUGGCCAGUGAGGUGGGCAUGCGGCAGCUCCGCGCUGACAGGAAGGAAGGUCGAGCGAGACCCGGGGCGCAGGAAGAGGCGAGGAGCAAACUGAAAGAGAGAAAAAGCCACCGGGCUGGAAACGGUGACAACGGGUGGCUGGGGAAGCCGGACCCACCUCCCCCAGGUGCUGCCCCGAGCAUCACCCCCACCACCGGGUCCUCCACCACCAGCAGCAGCCGGAAGAGCAGGCUGGUGGAGGUGGUUGAGGCCCCAUCCCUGGAGGUGUUCAAAAGCCGGGACCUGCUCAACUCCUGGGUUGACGGGGAACGCCUGGCCACCAUCCGCACGGCUGGGAUACUGCUGGUGGCUGAGCCCUUGUGUGCUCUGGUAGGAGAAACAGACCUCAGCACGGAUGUCCUGCAAGCCCUGACGGAGGCUCUGGACGGUGAGGCUUGGAUCAAUCGCUACCGCAAGCAGCUGGUGAGGUCCAUCUCACCGCAGUUCCUGGAGGAGAUCAUCUGCUACCUGCGGAAGCUGGACCUCCUCACGGUGGAGGAGGCCAGCCGGGCGCAGGAGGCCAGCUCCCUGCCCGAGCAGGUGAGGGCAGUGGUGGACAUCCUGGCUGGCAAGGGCAGCUACGCCUCCCAGUCCCUGCAGAGCUUCAUCGAGACCACCAAUUCCCAGCUCUACCUUCACAUCACUGUCUAUGAACCCAUGGUGCAGAAGCACCUGGAGAGCCUCCAAAACUACUAUGGGAACGGCUUGGAGACAGGUCCCCUCCAGCGACUCACCAACCUGCUCCUGGUGGAAGGCCUGACUGAUAUCCAGCAGAAGGAGCAUGACAUCCUGCAGAUUGAAGCCACCAAAGGCCUACGAAAUGCAUCCAAGAGCAUCCCUCUAGAGAAGCUCUUCCUGCCUCUCUCCAAGGUCAGCAUCCCACCCCGGAUCUCUGUCACCAUCGGAGUGGCCGGGAUUGGCAAAAGCACACUGGUGAAGCUGUUUGUCUACACCUGGGCAAAGGGGGAGAUCAACAGGGACAUCAUCUUUGUGCUGCCCCUCACCUUCCGGGAGCUCAACACCUACGAGAAGCUCUCUGCAGAAAGGCUCAUCUGCCUGGCCUUUCCUCACAUCACCGAGCCCAACUGCAUCUGGGCGGGAGCCGCCAGGACCCUCCUCAUCCUCGACGGCUUGGAUGAGUUCAAGACUCCUUUGGAUUUUUCCAACACGGUAGUAUGCACCGAUCCCAAAAAGGAGAUCCAGGUGGACAACCUGAUCACCAACAUUAUACGUGGCAACCUGCUGCAGGAGGCUUCUGUCUGGGUCACGUCGCGGCCAACGGCAGCCAGCCAAAUCCCCGGCGGCCUUGUCGACCGGAUGACGGAAAUACGAGGGUUUGGAGCUGCAGAGAUGAAGGACUUCUUGGACCAGAUGUUCCUUGACAACAGAGACUUAUCCGGCCAGGUCUUGCGUCACAUCAGGGCUAACAGGUCCUUACACGUCAUGUGCACUGUUCCUGGCUUUUGCUGGAUUUCUGGCUCCUCCAUCGGUUAUUACCUAAAAACCAGCACCGAUCAAUCCCAAGAAACACCCGUGGUCCCCAGGACGCUAUCAGAAAUCUACUCCUACUAUUUUAAGAUGGCUCUGAGCAGCGACUGGCCAGAAAAGCCGAGAGAAACCCUCAGGAUCGAGCAGGCUGUGAACAACAGCAAGAAGAUCGUGGGCAGCCUGGGCAGACUGGCCUUCUACGGGCUGCUCAAAAAGAAAUACGUGUUUUACGAGCCGGACAUGAAGGCGUACGGCAUCGACCUCUCCUUGCUGCAGAGCAGCUUGUGCAGCCGGCUCCUGCUCAAGGAGGAGAUGCAGUCCUUCACGGCCUACUACUUCUCCCACUUAACCAUCCAGGAGUUUCUAGCAGCUAUUUAUUAUUACACGGCAGCGAAACGGGCACUAUUUGACCUUUUCACGGAGAGCGGGAUGUCCUGGCCCAAGUUGGGCUUCCUCAACCACUUCAAGAGCGCUGUUCAGAAGUCGCUGCAGGCAGAGGACAGGCAGCUGGACAUCUUUGUGCGUUUUCUCUCCGGGCUCCUCUCCCCACAGGUGAACAAGCUGCUCUCUGGGUGGCUGCUGGUGAAGGACGAGCACAACAGCUUCAGGAGCCAAGCCAUCAGCUUCCUCCAGGGCUGCCUGAACACCAACUAUGACAUCUCCUCGCGGACAGUGAACACCAUGCACUGCCUGUAUGAAAUUCAGCACACGGAGAUCGCCAAGACUGUGGAAGAAGCCAUGAAGAAUGAGAGCUUGGCCGGGAAGCUCACCCCCGUGAACUGCUCUGCCCUGGCUUAUCUCCUGCAGGUCUCUGACGUCUGCACGGAGGAGACAAACCUCUCCAACUGCCUCACCUACAACGUCUGUAAGAGCCUGCUCUCCCAGCUCCUCUUCUGCCACAACCUCAGGCUGGACAAUAACCAGUUUAAGGACAACGUGAUGGAGCUGCUUGGCAGCGUGCUGAGUGUGAAGGACUGCCAGAUCCAGAAGCUCAGCUUGGCAGAAAAUCAGAUCAGCAACAAGGGAGCCAAAGCACUGGCCAGGUCACUGAUGGUGAACAGGAGCCUGAUGGUGCUGGACCUGAGGAGCAACUCCAUCGGCCCCACCGGAGCAAAAGCACUAGCUGAUGCGCUGAAAAAAAACCAAGUCCUGCUCUCCCUCAACCUGCAGCACAACACCAUCAAGGAGGAUGGUGCCACCUUCCUGGCUGAGGCCCUGUUGACCAACCGCAGGCUGACAACCCUACACCUGCAGAAGAACGCCAUCGGAGCCCAGGGUGCCAGGAAGAUAGCGGAGGCGCUGAAGCAGAACUGCAGCCUGAAGGAGCUGAUACUCUCCAGCAACUCAGUAGGAGACAACGGCUCGGUUGCCUUGGCUGAAGCUCUGAAGGUGAAUCACAGUCUGCAAAGCCUCGAUCUCCAGAGCAACUCCAUCAGCAGCACUGGGGUCACCGCGCUGACAGCAGCUCUCUGCUCCAACAAGGGACUCAUCAGCCUCAACCUGCGGGAGAACUCCAUCAGCAAGGAGGGGGGCCCCGCCAUCGCCCGCGCCCUGCGGACCAACAGCACCCUCAGGAAGCUGGACUUGGCAGCGAACCUGCUCUACGACGAAGGCGGCAAGGCCAUUGCUUUAGCCAUGAAAGAGAACCGGGCACUCACCUCCCUCCACUUGCAGUGGAACUUCAUCCAGGCAAACACUGCCACGGCCCUGGCACAAGCACUACAGUCCAACAGCAACCUGGUCAGCCUUGACUUGCAGGAGAAUGCCAUUGGAGACGAGGGAAUGGCCGCCCUCUCCGCUGCACUGAAGGUCAACACAACCCUGGCAGAUCUCCACCUGCAGGCGGCUUCAUUUGGUGCAGAUGGUGCCAAAGCCCUGGCAGAAGCCUUGAUGGUCAACAAGAGCCUGCAGAUCCUGGACUUGCGGGGAAACUCCAUUGGUGCGGCAGGGGCCAAGGCGAUGGCCAACGCGCUGAAGGUGAACCGCAGCCUCCGCUGGCUCAACCUGCAGGAAAACUCCCUGGGCAUGGACGGAGCCAUCUACAUCGCCGCCGCUCUGAAGGGCAACCACGGCCUCACCUAUGUGAACCUGCAGGGGAACCACAUUGGCCAGUCGGGAGCCAAGAUGAUCUUCGACGCCAUCCGGACAAACUCACCCGACUGCGUUGUGGACGUGUGAGGGUGCCUGGCCACAGCCAGGAGGUGGCCUGGUGGGUCCCUUUGGCCAGUGUGCCCCCCAGGGAGCUGCUGGAUUCUCUGCCCACCUGUCUCAGAUGGGGCAAGGAGAGGUCCCGAGCUCCCCAUCACGGCCCACGAGGAGCUGGGGCCUCUGGAUCAGCAGCGCAGGAAGGUCAAGACUCACUGGUGUUGAAAGUUGGGGGAUGCAUGACCAUGUCCCUGUUCAUCCAGGCCCUGGGGGAGCUUCAAGGAACGGGUGAAAUGGAAAAAGAAGGGAGGAGGGGGCAGAUCCCACAUCCUUCUUGGUUUUGUAGGUGAUUCACCUGCCACCGCCGGUGGCAGCGACCCCCUCUGGUGAUCUCCAUGGGGUUACAGCCCCAGACCGGGUGCAUCCUGACCGCCCUGGAGCUCUGCUCUCCUCCAGCCAAGGGUCCCAGUGCUUUGCUCCAACUCUUCUGCCUCUAGUUGUGGCAGGGAUCCCAGGAGAAGGGGGUAAAACACAGGCAGGAUUCACAGCCAUCCUUUCUUGCCUGGCCCUGCAGGCUGCCCUUGGCAUCUCAGAGGGAGGUGAGGUUUGCUGUCUCCUUGCUCAGAGGAGAGCGGUGCCCUGGACCUGGGCACUUCAGAGCAGGGUCCAAGGCAGCAAGUGUUUUGCCAGCCCUCAAUAACAGGUUGGUGCUGGCCCAGCUGGCCUGAAGUGUUUGUUGGUGCUGUUCUUCAUCAAAGAGAGAGACAUCCCAAAGCAUAAGAUGGUUCCAUCUAGAAAGACCUUGGAAAAUAAAGAGCCCUUGGGAGAACAGGAGGAGGGUGAACAUAAGAGGAACGGCACUGCACAAGGAUGGGCCAUCUCCAGCACACGUGUCUCGGUGCUACACCAGGACUGCCUUAUCAUGAAGUUCUGCCUCUCGAGUACAGGCUGGAUUUCUUGGGUGUCCUGCUGCUGUCAUCGGUGACAAGCUGUGUGACCUUGGGAUGUGUCUUCCCAACGUCCCAACUGCAGGCAGGGUCCUCCCCUGGCAGGUCACCUUUUGGGCAGAGGUGCCAGGUGAUGCCCUCGUGUGCGUGGCAGGGACCCAGACUCUCCAGAAGGUGCCAGGUUUGCAGGUGGGCCAGUAGCCAAACUACGCAACACCUCCCCAGAGCCCACCUCCAGCCACUGCCCCCUCUCCCACCUUCACCCCCACCAGAGCCCACCCCGAGCCACGCUGCUGCUGCAGGCAGGGACCUCUGUGGGCUGAUCCUGGAGAAACGCUGGGUUGAGCUGU